AAAUCCGAAUUAAUUAGUCUCCGGGAAAAUAUUGUCAUGGAAUUACUCUGACAUUACUGCACACAUAAGAGCUGCUCUGUUUAUUUUCUCCCUCUCUUUUCAUCUUCACGACUAUCUCGUUAAUCUGUCAAUUCACAGUCCGUCACUUUCAACUAGGGAGCUCCUCUUGCUAACCCACUUCUCAUUUCUCAAGGGUUGUUUGAAACAAAGCUAAAAGCUAUGGAAGUUAAAGGCUGUACAAGUAGCAAAAGUCAUGAUAGGGAUGAUUGUGGGGAAAGAGUUGCAGCUGAGCAUUUGAAGGGGGUGCCCAAGCUUGGAGGAGUAAUUUGGGUCAAGCUUUCUGGUGGUUCCUGGUGGCCUGCUGUGGUUGUUGAGAGCAACAAAGCCGAUGGUAGAUUAAUGGGGGACGUUCGGGUUAGGCUCUAUGGAAGCUAUGAAUACAUGUACGUGGAUCCCAUUAAAUAUUGUUCUGAGUUUCAGAUUACACUUGAGCAGCACAGUGGUAGUUAUCAAGAAAUAUUUAUGAGAGCUCUGGAGCAGGAUCUUUCUUCAUCAAAAUCUGGUCGAGGAAAGGGGAAAGUAACCAAAUCUAAAGAUGGAGCGUGCAAACAACUCAAGCACAAGCGUCCAGGUACCAAGGAAACUGAAGAGCAUGACAGCAAUCAGAAGAGACUUAAGAAAAAUAAGCAAGGUGCUGCAGGUGCAAAAUGUAAAAGCCCUAAGCAAGAUGUGAAAUCCUCUAAGCAAAAUAAGGAUGCAGCUUUGUCUGGAAGAUCUCAAGAACUGAGUGCACGGAGAACCAAAGUCAUGCAAACUCUUGGUUUAGUCGCCCCUUCUGGAUCUCCAUUCCGCAAAAAGAAAUCAUUUAUAUGAGUUUUUAGUACAUUUGUUACUAAUUGCAAGACAUUUUCCAUUUUCCCUGCUGCAGCAUCAAUUCUUCUCUUCCUCCUCUCUUAGAUGUUAGAAAUUGUGUACGGAACAAAGCUCGGUAUGGGUGCAAGUUCACUUAUAUUUUGCUUUGCUUUUUAGUCUAGUCCAAGAUCUUGGUGCCGGCACAAGGGAUUGUGCUUGAAGGGAAUCACAACAAAUUUGUAGCCAUAUGAUGCCUGAUGCAAGUUUAGUCAAUUGAGUUGCAUAAUUUUAUAGGGGUUUUGAUAAAUUUCCUAUGAGAUUUCUAGCUUGCCUUGUGGAUAAUUGCAAGGAGAUCUUUAAACAGAGUGGUUCUCAACUCCAAGGAUUACAGUUAGAUUAAGCUUCUGUUAUCUGGCACUUGGAUACUUGUCAAAAUGUACUAUCAAACCUAUCUUGUUUAAUAUUUUUCCUUAUUCCCUUGUUUGUUUAA